AUGCACAUCUCCUUGGCUGCGAUAUCGCUCGGCCUUGUUGGCCUGAGCCGUGCCCAAAAAAAGAGCAUCGUGACGGAUCUGACGUUUCCUGCUAUAGUGGACCCGCAGCCCAUUGUGGCCUCUGUGGUCAAGGCGGACCAAACCGAGACCGUACUCCAUCUGCAGUGCGCCGAAGAAGCCGACGAAACCGAGUGUGGCGCACCAAGCAUAACCUACACCCAUAUACCACCAAGGAUAGUGGCAAUAGAGUUCCCGGGCUCUGGUGAAGAUGAAGAUGGCUCGGAACACUAUUCCCUCAAAUGCAAAAUCCCAGGUGCAUCGGCCGACUGUACGAUGAUCAUAAAAACUUCUCAGCCAGACGGAGUAUGGUCCACCAGGUCUUCGGCAACUACCCAAGUCCCCACGGCUCGCUUUAUCACUACCUGGAGGGUCACGAUUACAGCAGGCCUGGAGAAGCUGGAAGGCGUUUCCGCCACCCCAGCACCAUCCGCCAGUGCAAGAGCCACGCAGACUGGAAGUGUUACGCAGACCGACAGUGCUCCACCCACUACUGGGACCAAUGCGCCCUCCUCCAGUACCAGCGCCGGUUCAGCUGCAAUGCCUCUGGUCACCGCUGCUGCCAACUGGGGUGUUGUCGGCGGCGCUGCCCUGGCAGCCGUGGCGCUUGUUUUGUAA